UCCCUCUCUUCUCCACCUUUUUUCCUCUCAGUCCCAAACUUCUGCCGCGCCUCGGACCGGGUCAUGUCCAGAGGAGAGCGAGUGGACGCGGAGACACGAGGGCAGUGAGGUACAUGGAGGAAGGAAUCAGGCCUGAAACAGCUGCAGGAACAUCUCACCGCACGACACGAACAGGUGAUUCUCUGAGCUGUGACUGUGAAGCGUAAAAAUGACCCAGUCGGUGCAAGUCAACCCCAAACUGCCAGACCUGGGCUCGGCGUUCCACUUCCCCGCUCAGGACGAGCCGGACCAGGCCUCGUACUCGGUCCAGACGCCCUACGGCUUCCAACUGGACCUGGACUUCCUGAAGUACGUGGAGGAGAUCGAGAGCGGGCACGGCGCGCGGCGGGCUCCGCCGGGGGGCGGCAGACGCUCGGGGCGAGGGCUCAGACUGUCCCAGAGGAGCCCGGGGGUGGGGGGCAGGAGCAGCGGCUGGACGUCCACGGAGUCCCUCACGUCUCCGAGCAGCGAGGACGGACGAGUGCCGCCGCCUCCGCCGCCCAGAAACAGGCUCGGCUCCGCCCCCUCCGAGCACCUGUCGCUGUCGCCUGUCGGCCUCAUCGCGGCUCCGCCCCUCUCCGCCGGCGCCAAGGUCCCUCCCCCGCCCCCCCAGAGGAACCCUCGGGUGGAGCGCACCCUCCUGGAGACCAGCCUGCGACUGCAACAAGAGCAGAGCCACCAGAACGGAGCCGCUCCCAAGCCCGUGCAGCCUGCCCCGCUUCAGCCCCACUCUGCCCCCCCACUGUCCCACUCUGCCCCCCCACUGUCCCAGUCCGUCCCGAGCAGCUGGACCAAACCCAGCCCCCAGACGUCGGGACGCAGCACCCCCGCAGGGGGCAGCAGCGCCUCCGUCCCCCCGAGCCAGCUGCAGACGGUGCGGGAGCAGAUGGCCACGGCCCUGAGGCAGCUCAAGGAGAUGGAGGAGAAGGUGAAGGGAGUCCCGGCUCUGGAGAGGGAGGUGGCCCGGCUACGCGCGGAGAAAGACAUGCUAAUGCUACAGCUACAGGAGAAGAGCGCCGCCCUGGAGGUGACCAAGCGGCAACAGCACCCGGCUCUGAGCGAGUCCUCCACCCAAACUUCAGAAGAACCUCCACGCCGCGUCCAACCACAAACGAGCGAUGAGAAGAUGACAGAGAGACGAGCGGAUAAAGACGUAGAAGCGGUGGAGACGAGGUCGUUGGGGGUCGGCGAGGAGAAGCCGAUGCAUUUGGCGGUUUUCUAUUACAGUGAAGGCGUCAGAGAUGCGGCGGUGAGCUCCGUGGUCACGGUGGACGAGAGGAGCACAGAGACAGAAGCUCGUCCGACGGUCGAGCGGGGCGUCGAGGCCACGGUGGAGACGGAGGACGCGGAGGUGUGGGUGAUGGAGGGCAUGCUCGGCGCCACCUCCGAAGCCCAGCGGGAAAUAGACACGCUACAAGACACCGUCAAGUUCCAGCAGGAGUCCAUUUUGGCUCUGGAGGAACGGUUGGGCGAAGCUGGGCGAGAGGUGGAGCGCUUUAGAGCCAAAAUGGAGGAAAGCGCGUCCAAAGUUCUGUGCGAUAAAGCCGUUUCCGCGGCGCCAGAGACUGCGAGCGUUCAGACGGAGACGAGGGCAGCGGAGGCGAAGGACGCGGAGGUGUGGUGUCGGGUGGAGGUGAGCGAUGCGAGCGUGGGAGGGCAUCUGGAUCAGAGCGAGGAGGGGACACAGACAGAGGAGGAGCAGCAGAAGAUGGCGGCGGUGGCGGCGGAGGUGGAGAUGGUGAGCACGGCGUGUCAGUGCGGGGAGGGCGGAGUCACGGAGGAGCGGGAAGCCAGAGCGGAGGAGGAGGAGGAGACCAGGGCGGAGCAGGAGGACAUGACCUCCACCCCUAAAACUGGAGGUUUACUCAAAUCCAUAAUGAAGAGGAGCGACGGGAACAGCUCGGAAACCCGCAGCACCGGGAAAAAGAGCCUGCAGUUUGUGGGAAUCCUGAACGGAGGAUACGAGUCCACGUCGAGUGAAGAAGAGGAGGAGGAGGAGGAGGAAGAGGAGGAGGAGGAUGGCAGCUCAUCCGAGGACAGCGAGGACAGCGGAGACGCGGCGGACGACGGGGAGAGCUCGGAGGACGAGGCGGCGCUGGAGGUGGAGACGUCGGAGGAGGAGCGGAACGUGAAUCUGGACGAGAGCGACACCGAAGAGGAGGAGGCGCCGAGAGCGGCCGACUACAGCGGCCCGGAGGUCAAAGAGAAGUUUGAGUUGAGCUCAAAGAUGCGUGAAGCCUGCCUCAUCCUGAAGAACCACCUGAACGACGACCACAGCGCCCCCCAGAGUAAAGACGUGCUCGCCAGCUCCCACACGGUGCAGAUGGAGUGGUUCCGAGUGUCCAGCGCAAAGACGUCCGUGCCGUCGCGAGUGUCCGAUUACCUCAUGGCCUUCUCCGAGGUGUCGGCCGCUCUGCUGGAACACGUGGUCAACAUGACGGACGGGAACGGGAACACGGCGCUGCACUACAGCGUCUCGCACUCCAACUUUGGCGUGGUCGGGCUGCUGCUGGACACUGGCCUGUGCAGUGUGGACAAACAGAACAAAGCGGGCUACACGUCCAUCAUGCUCGCCGCUCUGUCCACGGUGAAGGAGGACGACGACAUGGAGGUCGUGAAGAAGCUGUUCAGCCACGGGAACGUCAACGCCAAGGCCAGCCAGGCGGGUCAGACGGCGCUGAUGCUGGCGGUCAGUCACGGGCGUCUGGAGAUGGUCCGCUCUCUGCUGGAGUGCGGCGCCGACGUGAACAUCCAGGACGACGAAGGCUCCACGGCCCUGAUGUGCGCCAGCGAACACGGACGCACCGAGAUCGUCAAGCUGCUGCUGGACACGCCCGGCUGCGACAUCUCCCUCCUGGACCACGAUGGGAGUAAUGCCUUGUCCAUUGCACUGGAGGCCUGUCAUAACGACACUGCGGUGCUGCUUUACGCUCACAUGAACUACGCCAAGGCCCAGGCCGCCGCGGGGGCCCCUCGCAGUCCCAGCAGUCCUCAUAAGUCCUGGCCCGGUUCAGACUGACGCUCGGCUCCGCUCUGCACUGGAAUCUCACUAAAGUAAAAGUAUUUAUAGAACGCCUCAACGCGCCGUGUACUAUUAUAUUUGAGUUAUUAUUAUUUGAAUAAACUGCCGUUGUACUGGUUAUGUUCAUCUCAAGUCUCUGAUUUGUCUGUGACGGAAUCGAGACUGCGCGUCGUUGUCUUUGCACUCGUACUAAUUAUUAUCGUUCAUGAAUUUAUGUUUGAAUCAUUAUGGACCUAAAUGUGUCUGUUUAGACCCAAAUACUUUAAAAAAUGUCAAUAUUUUGUCAUAUUCUGCGGGGGAUUUGUGGAGACACGUGUUACAAAUGGGCAGUGACAUAAAAAUCCAUGUAUUUUUUCUGGUAAAUACGACUUUAAACGUGUAAACUGUGUCAUUAACGUCUGUGAACUUACGCACUAACUCUAUGCAACGUGUCCGUAUGAACCUGUGCGGUGUAUAUACGACAAUAAACUUAUUUACAUC